UUUUUUGGAUUUUGGGUUAUUAUCAGAGAUGCAAGAACCAAGCAUCGAUACAGAUAAGUUGAGUUACGAAAUCUUUUCGAUACUGGAAAGCAAAUUUUUGUUUGGGUACGACGACAAUCAGAAGCUAUGGGUUCCCAAACCCAUCUCUCCGCUGGUUUCCGAACCAAACGUUGAACCGAUGGUUCAACUGGGUGACGAUAAUUCCUUGUCAGCUAUCAAGAACCAGAGGGGUAAAAUCUGUAUUUUGAGUAUCGAUAGCGGCGGCAUGAGAGGAAUUCUUAGUGGUAAAGCGUUGGCGUAUCUCGAAAAAGCCUUGAAAUCCAAGUCGGGUGAUCCCAACGCUCGAAUCGCCGAUUAUUUCGAUGUCGCCGCCGGUUCUGGCGUCGGUGGUAUCUUCACCACCAUGCUUUUCGCUACCAGAGAUAACAGCCAACCGAUUUUCACCGCCGAUGAGACUUGUCGGUUCCUCGCUGAUAACGGGAAGAGGAUAUACCGGUCCGGGUCGAGUAGAAACGGAGGUAUUAUAAAGAAGAUUUUGAAAAACGGCUCGACCGGUUCGUGUUCGAACGGUUUGGAUAAGGCCAUGAAGGAGUUGUUCACGGCGGACGGAAGGAGAUUGACGUUGAAAGAUACUCUGAAGCCGGUUUUGAUUCCGUGUUAUGACCUUUCAAGUACGGCUCCGUUUUUGUUUUCCCGGGCUGACGCUUUGGAGACUGAUAGUUUUGAUUUCCCAUUGUGGGAGGUUUGCCGGGCAACGUCGGCUGAACCGGGUUUAUCUGAACCGGUUUUGAUGCAGUCCGUCGACAGUCAAACCAAGUGCGUGGCGGUGGACGGUGGGUUGGCAAUGAGCAACCCGACCGUUGCAGCAAUCACACAUGUUUUGCAUAAUAAACAAGAGUUUCCCUUCGUUAGAGGGGUUGAGGAUUUGUUAGUGCUUUCAUUAGGGGCCGGCCAGCUACUUGAGGUUAGCUAUGAAUAUGAGCAAGUCAAGAAUUGGAAGCUCAAGGAAUGGGCUAAACCGAUGGCUCGGAUAUCCGCAGAUGGUUCUGUCGACUCGGUCGAUCAGGCUGUUGCGAUGGCCUUCCGACACUGCAGAAGCAGUAAUUACGUAAGGAUUCAGGCAAAUGGAUCGAGUGUAGGCAGGUGUGGGGCUAAUGUAGAUACAGACCCCAGCCCCAGCAAUGUGAAGAUGCUGAUAGGCAUAGCAGAGGAAAUGCUGAAGCAGAGAAACGUAGAAUCAGUGUUGUUUGGGGGUAAAAGGAUUGGUGAGGAAAGUAAUAUGGAGAAAUUAGAUUGGUUUGCAGGUGAACUUGUAUUGGAACAUCAGAGGAGGAGCUUCAGAAUUGCUCCCACUGUUGCUUUCAAGCAACCCACCCCUAAGCUCAACUAGAUUUCUCCCAACCACCACACUUUCUAUCAUCAAGGAUGAAAAGAAAAGGCAUAGCAUCUUUAACUUGAAGUGAGGAUGAGUAAUAAAAGGAGAGUCCAAGCCAUGGAAUUGAAUUUAUAAAAAAG